AAACAAAUCUUAAUUUAGUUUGGACAUGGGUCCCAACACCCCCACCACACAGUCUUCCAUGGAGCCCACUACCCAUAUGGAUGUGGGCAUCUUCUCCGCCACUCAGUGAUACAACCAACCUCACUACCUGCAUUAUUAUUUUACACGGGAUUCUGUAAUGCCCCAUUCUCACAUGGCGUCUUAUGACCGAGUCACAGACCGACACCGCAGUUUACCAAAAACAUCCUCAGCACCGGACCACAACAAGGACAGAAUUGGGCAAUGGCCACUCUCCAAUAUUUGCACUGUGGGCAACGAAUCUCUCCUGCCUGCCGCCAAGCUUCCUGGAAUGGCAUUUCAAUUGCCAAGCGUUGCACGAUUGACUUGAGAUAUUGGCUUGAAGAUGAAGUACUGAUUUUCCUGCCUCUUUCUCUUUCUCCCUUCAGCCCAUACCCAUUGAUUAAGCUAAUACAACCCAAUCACCAACUCACCUUCUCAAUUUACUCCCCGUUUCAUUAAUUAUUAGCAUAACCCAGCGAAACCCAAUCUCAAAUCACAUUAAUGGAAGACCAAGAGACCCCUCCAGCUAAGGUCUCCUGCCACAAGAAUAUGACACAGCUGGUUCUUGAAAGCUACUGAUCCAAUAAUAUAUGGAGAGAGAGAGAGAGAGGUCUUAAUGUGGUUGUUGUCUCCUGAAUCUGGGUUUUUUCUUUUGGGGAUUGACGAGAAUUAGGAGGAUUUGACAAGGAUGGGGAAGAAGAGCAAAUGGUUUAGAAGCUUCCUGACUGGGAAGAAGGACAAGGAAAAAGACAGGGGGAAAGAGAAGGAAACGAGCUGUGCUAAUCAAAAUCAGAAUCCUCUUGCUGCCACCGAGAAUCACACUACUCCGAUUUUGAUCCCACCGGCGACCCCAAAGGAGAAGAAGAGAUGGAGCUUCCGGAGAUCGUCCCCCGGUUCGAAUUCUGCGGACCCAAUUGCGGCUCCGGUGCUACCGGCCGUGCAGACCGUGAUGGAUGCAGAGAACGAGCAGAAGAAGCACGCGAUGGCCGUGGCGGCGGCAACGGCGGCCGCAGCUGAUGCAGCAGUGGCAGCCGCACAGGCGGCGGCCGCCGUGAUCAGGCUGACUGCCGCUGCUUCGGAGAGAGCCGGUGCGGUGGAGGAGGCUGCCGCGGUCAAGAUUCAAGCCGCCUUCCGUUCUCAUUUGGCAAGAAAGGCACUGUGUGCGUUGAAAGGAUUAGUGAAGUUGCAGGCAUUGGUGAGGGGUCACCUGGUGAGGAAGCAGGCGGCGGCGACGCUACGGUGUAUGCAGGCAUUGGUGACAGCUCAAGCUAGAGCUCUGGCUCAGAGGACCCGAAUGGUUGAAGAACCCAAACCCAAUUACCAAAGGCACUUGCCUCCCAGAAAAUCCACGCACGACCAUCGAAUUCGGCAGCUUUAUCAUGAGAUGGACAGAAGAUUAACGGAGGAGAACAUUAAGAUUGUGGAGAUGGAUUUGGGGGAAUCCAGGGGAAGUUCAAAGAGCAGAAACAGCUAUUCACAUCACUCACAGCCUGAAUUUCCCCCACACUACGCAGCAUACAACAACCCCUAUUACAGGCAGGACAAUCCCCAAGUCUCCCCUGCCCCCUCAGCUCUCACCGAGAUGAGCCCGAGAGCCUGCAGCGGCCAUUUCGAGGACUACGCCUUCGCCACAGCCCAAAGCAGUCCUAAAUUCUACUCGGCCCUGUCCAAGCCAGACCCAGAGACGGUCCCUUUCGCCUUCCCCCGCCCCAGCUUCGCAGAGAACAUGUCCUACGACUACCCCCUGUUCCCAAACUACAUGGCCAACACACAGUCGUCGAGGGCAAAAGCGCGGUCGCAGAGCGCGCCAAAGCAGAGGCUGGAUUCGCUGGAGAGGCAGUCUAGUCGGCGGAGGCAGGCGGCGGAAGGGAAGAAUGGGUUUAGGGGGGUGAGGAUGCAGCGGUCGUCGUCGCAUGCGCCAGCGGGUUCUAGUACUGGGAGCGUGCAGAAUUAUCAGAACCUGUGGGGGAUGAGGCUUGACAGAUCGACGGUGUCGCUGAAGGACAGCGAGUGUGGCUCCACCAGCACGGUGCUCACCAACGGCAAUUACUGCAAAUCUCUUGUUGGAUUUGAUGCGCAUGAGGGUAGAUACUAACUGUUCAUCCAUCCAUGGCAUUAAGUACUGAGAUGUGAAGUAGGGAGUCCAAGCUUCAACCGGAGAAGACUGAUUAGGAGGCACACUGAUCGACCCUUCCUUACUUAAUUCGGAAUCUAAUAAAGAGUUUCUGACACUUCUUCCUUUGUUUUUCGUGCCCUCUUCUGGAGAUUUGAUGUUUCUUGCGUUUGGUUAUUUUUUAGUUUAUUGUUUUUUUGGUUCAAUAAUUUUCUAGGGGAAUUGUUAGGGCAAGUGAACUGCAGGGCAUUGAAAGUGGUCAAUCAUCCUGAGGAAGACGAUGACUGUAAUAUGAUUUGUUAUUUGUUAAUAGAAAUUUAUUCACGGGGUAUCCCCUCCCACACUUUCAUGAAA